AUGAACCAGGCAUUCGGUCUCACCAAGUUUGGCGACAACGAGAACAACAACGUCAACUUCCGCGACGUCCCGCGGUCUCUGAUCCUGCUCUUCCGAACCAGCUGCGGCGAGGGGUGGAACGAGCUAAUGGAGGACUUUGCCACGAUGGAACCGCCCAUGUGCACGUACGGCAGCGACUUCUUGAACGACGACUGCGGCAGUGCGCCGUGGGCUCGCUCACUGUUCAUUUCCUGGAACAUCAUCAGCAUGUACAUUUUCGUGUCCUUGUUCGUGUCGUUGAUUUACGAGAGCUUUUCCUACGUGUAUCAGCGAAGCAGCGGGCUCUACGCGUUGAGUCGGGAGGAGAUCCGUCGGUUCAAACAGGCCUGGGCGACGUACGACCCCGAUGGAACGGGGUACAUUUCCAAGGACCAGUUCCCGCGAUUGCUGGGAGAGCUAUCAGGUGUCUUCUCGAUGCGCAUCUACGAGGGCGAGUUCACGAUCGGGCGCAUCUUGGAGGAGUGCAAGGUCGACAAGCGCGACUCGUUGAUUGCGCACCGGCGCGUGGUGGAAGGGCUCGACAUGGACCGCAUGGCGCGGAUCCUCCGACGCAUCGAUAUCGACAACGUGCGCGAGCGCCGGCAGCGACUCAACACCUUUUACGAGGAGGUGCUGGUCUCGGCGGACCCGGUACGCGGCAUCUCGUUCCACUCGUGUCUCAUGAUCCUGGCCCAUUACAACGUGAUCACCGACAGCAAGAGUCUGCGACUCGAGGAGUUCCUGCGUCGGCGUGCCCGAUUGCAGCGAGUCGACGAAGCGGUGCGUCGCGCCACGGUUAUCGGCUUCUUCGAUACGUUGUACUGGUCGCGCGAGUUCCGUCGCCGCAUCGAGCACAAGAAAUCGGCGCGCAUGAGCUUCGUGCCGCAGUUCUCGGUGCCGGAGAUCUUCGUCGACGACGGAUCGCAUGACGACCAGCCGGAAGAGGAGCGCCGCCGACUCGCGACGCAGGAGCCCCUGGUGCCUGGCGCCGAGCCCAUGCUGUCACCCACGUCGCCAACCAGUGGUGCCGGCGGCGAUCCGGGCCCGUCGUCCUCACGCGGUGCUCAUCUGCCACGCAUCGAUACCAGCCGGCUGGGCCACAUCUCGGCGACCAGCUCGCCGACGACGGAAUGGUCGAGCAUCAGCCCAUCGCUCUCGCCGCGGCGGGACCGCGCACACACGACGUCUUCUACGUACGACACGGGGCCGGACCCUCACGACGAGACGCCGGAUGUUGGCGAGCGCUCGCGACAGAACAGCACGAUGAGUGUACGCGACGUGAUGCAAUCCUUGGGCGAAUCAGCCUGGGGAGAGAGUAUCCGACGAAGUUUUACGCAGCGACGAUCGGAUCGACGAUCGGAUCCGCGAGAUCUGUAG